UCCCGUCUUCGCGGUUCAGUGGGCACGGGUUUCGUGUCUUAUCAACUGCGUCAAUUCUCUCGACUCACAGAGCCAGCGCAGCAAAAUAGACGUCAUAUAAACCCCGGACUUCUCGUUCUACGCAGAAUUUACGGCAGGGACGAGUUAUUAUAUUAGCUGAGGUUAUCCUAUAGACAGUCAGCAUGUCGGCACCCAGGAGAUCCAUGGAGGAGUCCUUGUACAGGAUCCCUCCGUACUACUACAUCCACUGCUUGGACCAGAACACCAACGUCACACGGCUGGAGAUUGGGCCCAAGACAUACAUCAGACAGGACAAUGAGAGGAUUGUCCUUGGUCCCGAAAAGAUGAUCGUGGUGCCCCCUAGGCACUACUGCGUCGUCGAGAACCCCGUCGUCCGUAACAAGGAUGACCAAAUUGUGUGCAAUGAGAGUGGACAGGCCAAACUGUUCCAUGCUGAUCAGGAGAUCCGUCUUGCCCAGGACCCCUUCCCCCUGUACCCUGGGGAGGUGCUCAAACAGCCUGUCACUCCACUAAAAGUAGUUCCUGCAAACUCGGCACUUCGUCUCCGGUCCAUCUUGGACUUUGAGGAUGAGACUGGGGAGAAGAGGACAGCUGGGGACGAGUGGUUGUUUGAGGGACCAGGUACGUACAUCCCUCGCAAAGAGGUAGUGGUUGAGGAAACCAGGCUAUCAAACCAAACCAGGCGCCUCAGGGCUGCGAAAGAAUGCCUUGACCGCGACGGUAGUGCUCGGUCACGGGGAGGAGAAUGGCUGGUCAAGAAGACCGGAGCUUAUCUCCCAGGAGCAUCUGUAGAGGUUGUCGAUGUUGUCAACGCUUAUGUCCUCACAGAGAAGAAAGCACUUCACAUGCGUUCACUGAAGACAUUCAAAGAUGACUUCUCCCUCGUGAGGAAGAACGGCGAGGAAUGGUUGAUCACAAUGAAGGACACUGAGACCCACAUCCCCGGCGUGUACGAGGAGGUUGUGGGUGUCGUGAACAUCACUACCCUAACCAACCGCCAGUACUGCGUGAUCCUAGACCCCACUGACGAGAGUGGAAAACCACAACUUGGAAGGAAGAAGCUCAUCAAGGGAGAGAAGUCCUUCUUCUUGUUACCCGGUGAGCGCCUGGAGAAGGGAAUUCAGAAUGUGUACAUCCUGGGAGAAGAUGAGGGUCUCAUUCUCAGGGCUAAUGAGUGCUUCAAGGACAAGGAUGCAGGAAGUGAGCGUAACCCUGGCGAUCGCUGGAUGAUCCGUGGACCCACAGAAUAUGUUCCCCCUGUGGAGGUGGAGGUGGUGAUGAAGCGCCAGGCCAUCCCACUGGACGAGAAUGAGGGAAUAUACGUCCGGGACAUCAAGACUGGCAAGGUGCGUGCCAUCACUGGAGAGACCUACAUGAUCAAUCAGGACGAGGAACUGUGGGAGAAGACACUUCCUCCAAUUGUAGAGAAUCUCAUCGCCCAGGGCAAGGACCCUCUUGCUGACCGUGGUGAUAGGGGACGUGAAGUUGCAGCUAAACCACGAGACAAGACACGUGUCGUGACCUUCAGAGUCCCCCACAAUGCAGCAGUCCAGAUCUAUGACUACAAGGAGAAGAAGGCCAGGGUUGUGUUUGGACCUGAGCUGGUGAUGUUGGGCCCUGACGAGCAGUUCACACAGCUCAGUCUGUCUGGUGGUAAGCCCAAGAAACCCAACGUCAUCAAGAGUUUGUGCUUGCUUCUGGGACCAGAUUUCUGUACCGAUAUCAUCAUCGUGGAGACGGCAGACCACGCCCGGCUGUCCCUGCAGCUGUCAUACAACUGGCAUUUUGAAGUGAUUGAGAAGUCUGAUGUGGAGGCAGCUAAACUGUUCAGUGUGCCAGACUUCACAGGAGAUGCCUGCAAGGCUAUUGCUUCACGUGUCCGAGGGGCCGUCGCUCAGGUCCAGUUCGAUGAUUUCCACAAAAACUCUGCCAAGAUCAUCCGAGCUUCUGUUUUUGGUCUUGAUGACAAGAACAAAGUGAGGGAGAAGUUCACCUUCCCCCAGAACAACCUCUUCAUCACCAGCAUUGACAUCCAGUCCGUGGAGCCUGUCGACCAGCGUACACGCGAUUCUUUGAUGAAGUCCGUGCAGCUCGCAAUUGAAAUCACCACCAACUCCCAGGAAGCUGCAGCCAGACAUGAGGCCGAGCGUCUGGAGCAGGAAGCCAAGGGUCGCCUGGAGCGUCAGAAGAUCAGCGAUGAGGCUGAGGCUGAGAGGUCCCGCAAGGAGCUGCUGGAGUUGCAGGCCAACAGCGCUGCUGUGGAGAGCACUGGACAGGCCAAGGCGGAGGCUCAGUCCCGCGCUGAGGCUGCCAAGAUCGAGGGAGAAGCUGCUGUAGAUCAGGCCAAGCUCAAGGCACAGGCCAUGAAGAUUGAAGCUGAGUCCGAACUAGAGCGUCUCACCCAAGCACGUGAUGCCGAACUGAGGUACGUCAAGGAACAAAAUGACCUUGAACUUGACAAAUCCCGCGAGAUCUCCAGCAUUGAGACCCAGAAGUUCAAGGAGAUGGUCAGUGCAGUGGGUGCAGACACUCUGCGCACGAUGGCUGCCGCGGGGCCGGAGUUGCAGGUGAAGCUGCUGCAGUCUCUGGGACUGAAGUCCACCCUCAUCACAGAUGGCAGCACGCCAAUCAACCUGUUCAACACAGCCAACGGCCUCAUCGGUGGAGUGGUGCCGUACAAGAAGCGCAGAACUGGGGAGAGCGAUGAGGAAGACGAAGCAUAAACAGUGCAUUUUGAUUGGUUAAGUGCAUCAGAAAUGAAACUGAUUGGUCCAAUGAUCUUGGCAGGGACACUUGUGUUUCCUUGUGCUCGAGUAUCUGAGUGAUAUCCUAAGAAUGUCAGUCUGUGUGAAGCUUCUAGCAAUGACAUAUCCUCAGUGUGAUUGAAGCGUUCAUGCACUUAGGUGUAAAUACUAAUGACUUUGUUAUUAUUUGGUUGAAUGUCACUGCAUGUGCUCGACAUAGCAGACCACCAUGACAUGAUUCAUGAGUUUUGUCAUUUUUGUUAAAGAAAGUGAUAAGUCACUUUUUAUAUUGAAAUCGGUUUUCUUUCAAUAUGAUUCUGUUUGCACCCAUCAGAGACAAUAAACAACUAGCUGUGAUAUAAAAAGGUCAUGUGCCUGAAUGAGUGUGAAGGGGAGAUAACUGCUUAAUAUCUUUCACAUGGCUCUGCAAUCAGAUUAUUUGUAGAGUAGGACCAGCAUAAUAAUUUAUGCAUCAUUGUUUUUUCAUGUACUGUCGAACUGCCCCCCGUUUUGUUAGUAUGUGCUUUUGUGGUGUCUGCAGAAGAAAUUGUACAGAACAACUAUUUGUAUGAUACCAUCAGUUUACAUUUAAGUGUUGUUACUUAAUGGAAUAAAGCAACACUCUUUGA